CGGAACUCGGGGUUCAAAAGUUAUCGAAGUUAGCUACACCGUAAGCUAGCCGCUGGAAAAGCGAUCUCUAAAUAUUAGAGCAAUGUCCUCGACAGAAGAAAACACGGACAUGGUUCUGCCAUGUGUGCUUGUCACUAGCUGUGACAGCGAAUUUAAAGAGGAAGAGCUGAUAAAACAAAUACUAAAUUCACAGACUUUGCCUCAGCCGACAAAGCGAGAGGAAACAGUUGUUUGGUAUCCUUGGACCAUCAAUAACAAAUAUUACACGGCAGACGUGCAGCUGUGUGUCGUACCGAGCACGUAUCAAAUGUCUUCAGAGAUAGCCCAGUCCACGCAAGCUUUCAUCGCUUACUUUGAUAGUAAAGUGGAGGACGGCUUGGAAAAGCUAAAUCCCUGGAUUCCUGUGGUGGAAGAUCUCAGCCCAGAGGUGCUCAUUCUCGUGUGCGACAGAGUCUGUGAAAAUGGUGUCACCAGGCACGAAGCGCAGCAGUGGUGUUUGUCUCACGCGUUUGAGCUUGUGGAGAUCAAUCCACAGGAGCUACCAGAUGAGGAUGAUGACUUUCCAGAGUCUACGGGAGUGAAGAGGAUCGUUCAGGCGCUUAACGCCAACGUGUGGUCCAGUGUGGAGAUGAAGGACGGUCACAAUCAGGGUUUUGGUCUCAUGAGCAGUUUGGUUGCUUCCAGACAUAACAACCCACGCCACAGCCAAGAUCCACCGUCCUGCAGCUUACCAGCAGAGGGCACACUCACCAAUGAGGAGGCCAAACACACAGACAAUAGCGCAAACCAGGGCACACAGGAAGGCUCAGUAGUAGAUGCAAUGACCGACUUAGACAUACAGGAACUCGCCAAUCUUACCGCCGGUGAUGCAGACGCAGAAAAUUUUGAGCGCCUCUUUACAAAAUUAAAGGAAAUGAAAGAUAAAGCCUCAUCGUUACCACAUGAGCAGAGAAAAGUUCAUGCUGAAAAGGUGGCAAAAGCCUUUUGGAUGGCCAUUGGUGGCGAAGAAGAUGAAAUAGAUGGUUUAUCUUCAGGUGAAGACAGCUAAAGUCGGUUCUCAGUGAAUCCAUCUUGGCUCCUUUUGAUCCCGCCGUUUUUUUCUGGGGUCCACACAGGUGUCGACGCUUGUGGAUGUCCUGGUCUUAGUCGGAAGGUGGAUUUCCUUAAAGAUGGCACUGUAAGAGUAGUUGUAUGAGAUUCGUAGAAUGAAACGAUGUAUGCUGAAAUCCUGUUUAGCAGGUGAGCCAUGAGUGGCCCCAGUCUUUACUCGUCUUCUCCUCCCUCCCCCCCUGGGUUUUUUAAUGUGCUUUGGCCCCAUCAGAUCCUCAAUACGUGGUUGUUAUGGAGGGAAAAAAAAUAACAUGGGACAUUUGAUUCACAUUUGUUUGUAGGUACUGUCAACAUGUAUUUUUGUUACAUAUGUGCCUUAUCCAUGAAGACUUGACGCACAUUCUGAAAAAUCAACAUAAAGCCAGUUUUUUUUUUUUUUAGUUUCAUAGUGACUUUUAUGUAUUUAUUGUGAACACUAUCUCUCAAGUGUGUGAACUGCUCAGUUUGGUUCAACCUAAUAAAAUAUGCAGAAAUGGAACAACUCUCCAGCAAAUAAAAUGAGUAGUUGAAGUAAAA